AUGGAAAUUCAGGUGCAGAUCAGGCUUCCUUUCAUGGGUUCUAACAAGAUCUCUUUCUUUAUUCCAGCCAGAGUUGAUCAGAGGAAUGAGGAGGGUGAGGAACUGCAUUCUCUAUUGCCAGAUGAAGUCAGGAACAAAGACUUGAGAGGAAACUUCCAAAAUCAAGGUGAAUCUAAGAGAAAGAAAAGAAGCCACACAGCCAAGAAGAGGGGUAAACCCGUUCUUUGCCAAGGGGUGGAUGUCCAAGAAGUAAUUCGCACAGUGAAGGAAACAUACAAGUGCUUGGCUUGUGGAAUGAACUUCUCAGAUCAAUCCCAGUAUAAUGCCCACUUACAAAUCCACAGUAGAAAGAAGACCUAUCAAUGGCUGGAGUGUGGAAAGACCAUGAUUCACAGAGCAGAGAGCCUUAGACAUCUAAGAACACGUACAGGAGAGAAAUUGUAUAGCUGCUCAGACUAUGGGAAGAGCUGCUCAGAGAAAUCAGAUCUUGUUCGACACCAAAGGAUUCAGUCAGGACUGAAACUAUUUAUUUCCAGAGACACUGGAAUGGCAAUCUCUGAGGGAAGAAAAGGCAAUAUACUUUUUGCAAAGCACAGUAUAACGAAGACAUGUAAAUGCUUUCGGUGCAGAAAGCACUUCAGGUACAAAUCACAGCUCCUUUUGCACAAAAGAAUCCACACACGAGGAAAGCUUCUGGAAUGUUCAGAGUGUGGGAAGAGAUUCAGUCACAGUAGCAGCCUACAAAAGCAUCAAAGAACCCACACAAGCGAGAAGCCUUUGGAAUGCUCAGAGUGUGGAAAGAGAUUCAGUCAGAGUAGCCAUCUUCAGUGUCAUCUAAGAACCCACACAGGGGAGAAACCUUUUGAAUGCUAUGACUGUGGGAAGGGAUUCAGUCAGAGUGCUGAUCUUCAAAAACAUCAAAGAACUCACAAAGGGGAGAAGCCUUUUGAAUGCUCAGAGUGUGGGAAGAGAUUCAGUCGCAGUAGCGCUCUUCAAAAACAUCUAAGAACCCACACAGGGGAGAAGCCUUUUGGAUGCUCAGAGUGUGGGAAGGGAUUCAGUAAUAGAACCCAUCUUCAGUGUCAUCUAAGAACUCACACGGGGGAGAAGCCUUUUGAAUGCUCAGAGUGUUGGAAGAGAUUCAGUCAGAAAAGCAGUCUUCAGUCUCAUCUUAGAACCCACACGGGAGAAAAACCUUUUGAAUGUUCAGAGUGUGGGAAGAGAUUCAUUCACAGUAGCACUCUUCAAGAACAUCAUCGAACCCACACAGGGGAGAGACCUUUUGAAUGCUCAGAGUGCGGGAAGAGAUUCAGUUGCAGCAGUUAUCUUCAAAAGCAUCAACGAACCCACACAGGGGAGAAACCUUUUAAAUGUUCUGAGUGUGGGAAGAGAUUCUGUCAGAAUGGCAGUCUUCAAAACCACCUAAGCAUCCACACAGGGGAGAAGACUUUUGAAUGCUCAGAGUGUGGGAAAAGAUUCAGUCAGAAUAGCAAUCUUCAAAAGCAUCUAAGAACCCACACAGAGGAGAAGCCAUUCAAAUGCUCAGAAUGUGGGAAGAGAUUCAGACAGAAUGGCAGUCUUCAAGAACAUUUAAGAAUCCACACAGGGGAGAAGACUUUUGAAUGCUCAGAGUGUGGGAAGAGAUUCAGACAGAAUGGCAGUCUUCAAGAACAUUUAAGAAUCCACACAGGGGAGAAGCCUUUUGAAUGCUCAGAAUGUGGGAAGAGAUUCGGUUUUAGCAGAUAUCUUCAAAAGCAUCAAAGAACCCACACAGGGGAGAAGCCAUUUGAAUGCUCAGAAUGUGGGAAGAGAUUCAGUCAGAGAGGUAGUCUUCGAAACCAUCUAAGAACACACACAGGGGAGAAGCCAUUUGAAUGCUCAGAAUGUGGGAAGAAAUUCAGUCAGUAUGGCCAUCUUCAAGAACAUUUAAGAACCCACACAGUGGAGAAGACUUUUGAAUGCUCAGAGUGUGGAAAGAGAUUCAGUAACAACAGCUAUCUUCAAAAGCAUCAAAGAAUCCACACAGGGGAGAAGCCUUUUGAAUGCUCAGAAUGUGGGAAGAGAUUUAGUCAGAGUGGUGCUCUUCAAAAACAUCUAAGAACGCAUACAGGGGAGAAGCCAUAUGGAUGCUCAGAAUGUGGGAAGAGAUUCAGUCAGAAUGGCCAUCUUCAAGUACAUUUAAGAACUCACACAGGGGAGAAGCCUUUUGAAUGCUCAGAGUGUGGGAAGAGAUUCAGUCACAGUAGCACUCUUCAAAACCAUCAAAGAACCCACACAGGGGAGAAGCCUUUUGAAUGCUCAGAGUGUGGGAUGCAAUUCAGUUGGACUGGCACUCUUCAGAAACACCAAAGAACCCACACACACUUUUGA